GUAUGUUGUGGUUGCCAACUCCACACUGGUACCGCCUAGGGGAGGCAGGCGAUGGGCAGGCCCAGAGCCUGAAGGGGGAGGCUGGGGGACACAGCAGACCAGGACCAUGGGGGUCUGCUGCUCGGCGACAGACCCCCGCAUCAUGGAAGACUCUAGAGCCAGAGAGAAGCUGAAGAAAACCAAGAUCAUCUUUGUGGUGGGCGGGCCCGGUUCGGGGAAGGGCACCCAGUGUGAGAAGAUUGUCCAGAAGUACGGCUACACCCACCUCUCCACCGGAGACCUCCUGCGGGCCGAGGUCAGCUCGGGCUCAGCUAGGGGCAAGAUGCUGUCAGAAAUCAUGGAGAAGGGGCAGCUGGUGCCACUGGAGACAGUGUUGGACAUGCUGCGGGAUGCCAUGGUGGCCAAAGUGGAUACUUCCAAAGGCUUCUUGAUCGACGGCUAUCCCCGGGAAGUGCAGCAGGGGGAGGAGUUUGAGCGGAGGAUCGCACAUCCCACGCUACUGCUGUAUGUGGACGCCGGCCCUGAGACCAUGACCAAGCGGCUCCUGAAGCGCGGAGAGACCAGCGGGCGUGUGGACGACAACGAAGAGACCAUCAAGAAGCGUCUGGAAACCUACUACAAGGCCACAGAGCCCGUCAUCGCCUUCUAUGAGAAACGCGGCAUUGUUCGCAAGGUCAACGCCGAAGGCUCUGUGGACAGUGUCUUCUCCCAGGUCUGCACCCACCUGGACGCCCUCAAGUAGCCAAGCUGGAGCCCCCUCCCCAGCGAAAGCCCCGCCCCACCCUCGUCCUGACUCGAGGCCUUCCCGGCCUGAGCUCAGCGCCUCCACCCUGCCCAGCUGAACACAGGCAGAGGAAGCCACUUUAUCCUGUUUUCAUGGACAGCCGAGCACUAAAGGAGUUUCCAAGGA